CAAAAUUUCCGAUUUAAUCUAAUAAUCAAUAAAAUUUAGUAUUUUUUCAAUCGUAUAUUACAUUAUAUUGUUGCUUCUAUACCUAAAAUGGGAAAACUAAACAAAAAGCUAGUGUCGCUCAAACCGCAUCCCAAAAAGGAGAAAAAAGAAGACGAUUCAAAGGUAGUAUCGGGUCCUUUUCCUAUAUACCGCUCCACACCGGUGCAGUUGAAUGGGCCUGAACCGAAAAAUUUCAAACUUCCGUCAAAGUCUAAAACGAAGCUUGCUGCAAAAUCAAUCCCUGUAUCCGAACCGGAGUCUCCAAAGGAAAGCAAUGACGAUCCAAAAACACCCGGAAAGACUAAGAAGCUCCGGAAGAUUGUAAUCAGCCGUCUUAAUAAAAAGGAUAAGGUGAAGUUUCGCAAGGAAGAAGUGUUAAAAAGGAUCGAACUUACCCAAAAAGCAUUCAAAGAGGACAAGCAGAAGAAAAAACGCGAAAAAACAGCAGUAACCGGUGACAUGAAACCGCUGCUGGAUGCUCUGCCGUCGUUGGAUUCGUUGUUCAAGCUGAAAUCUGCUGACGCCAUCAAAACCGGAGUUCCAAAGUACGACAAAAAAGCUGCCCCCAAGACGAAACAGCAACUCAAUGUUGAAAGGCUGAAGAAGAAACGGGUUGAAUUUCUCGCCCGCUGUCAGAAGAUCAAUCAGGUCCUCAAGUCGAAAAAGUUCAAGAAGAAUCCCAAGAAAAUGAUCGCCGAACACAUUCGAAAUACGAGGAAAGAACAACUGCAGUUGCUGCUCGGCAAUUCAUAAGGAACUCAAUUCAGAAAUAUAAAAAAUAUUGUUUACUUAAGUUAGUUGGUAAGCGUUAUUAAUAA